UUAUAUAUGUAUCAUCUUUAGAAAAGGUUAUUUUGUGUGUGGUUGAUGAAAAAAUUAUUUGGAGUUUAAACAUAUAAAAUAAAAAUAUAAAAAGCUAAAAAUGUCGGCAACGGAUCAAAUGAGAGCUAUGCUCGAUCAACUAAUGGGCACAACACGUAAUGGAGAUGAUGGACGCGGUCUUAAAUUUUCUGAUGCUCGUGUGUGUAAAAGUUUCUUGCUCGAUUGUUGUCCCCACGAUAUUUUGGCUUCAACUCGAAUGGAUCUUGGAGAGUGCCCAAAAGUUCACGAUCUGGCAUUUAGGGCCGAUUAUGAAAGUGCCAGCAAAACUCACGACUAUUAUUACGAUAUAGAAGCCAUGGAACAUCUUCAGGCUUUUAUUGCCGAUUGCGACCGUCGUACAGAAUCGGCGAAACAGCGUCUUAAGGAAACACAAGAGGAAUUGACUGCGGAGGUUGCUGAAAAAGCAAACGCGGUUCAUGCCUUAGCCGAGGAGAUUGGCAAAAAACUGGCUAAAGCUGAAGCCCUUGGUGAAGCAGGAGAAGUAGAAGAGAGUAUGUCUUUAAUGAAAGAAAUAGAUGAAUUACGUACGAAGAAAAUUAAAGCAGAACACGAAUAUCGCACAUCAAUGCCUGCAUCAACCUAUCAACAACAAAAAUUACGAGUAUGUGAGGUAUGUUCAGCCUAUUUAGGUAUCCACGAUAAUGAUAUACGGCUAGCUGAUCACUUUGGUGGUAAGCUACAUUUGGGUUUCCUAACUAUACGUGAAAAAUUAGUGGAAUUGGAAAAGACGGCAGGUCCACGAAAAGCAGAACUUAAGCGCAGUGGAAAAAUGAAUGAAAGAAGUGAAGACAGACAGCGAUCGCGAUAUUUCGUAGGCGGUCGAGAGCUGGAUCGAAGAUCACGAGUUCACAGGUCCAGAUCUAGAGAUCGUGCACGGCGUACUGAACGUGGAGGAGGUGGAAGUAGCACCGACAACCGAUCCGAGAGACGAUCGGAAAAGGAUAAAGAACGUGAGAGAGAUCGGGACCGGCGAGGUAACGCUUCUUCACCAGCAAGGGAAGAAAGAAAACGCUCAAGAUCACGUUCUCGGGCACACAAUUAUGGUUCACGAAGAAGGUCACACUCACGUGAGCGUCAUCGUCGCUAAGAUUUAAAGUUUAUAUUGAGACGGAAAUACAACUGUAUCCAGUAACAACACCAUAUGAUUUUAAUGUAAACAUGAUGAUUCCGGUAGCACGUAUGUAAUUAAUUAAAAUAUUGAACAUAUUUUAUUAUGUAACUAAUCAUAAAUCGAUUCAAUGUUUUCUUUUUGCGAUUUCCUGAAUAAAAUCUCUUUCUCGAUUAUAGAAAAAAUUCAUGUACCACCAUUGUUCAGAUUUUGGUAAACUAACGACAGACCAGAAUUGUAAGCUGAAUGGACUAGUUCAGACCAAGGUGUCACAGUGUGAAAGAGCAUGGUCUUAUGAUUUCCAACUUGUUCACAAAUACACAUUCUAAUUAAAUAAAUUGGGUACAAUUCUUACUGAUGCAUUCUCACCGGCUACCUAAUUGAACAUAAACCAAAUUCAACAUAGUAUCCUUUUUCCUGAUAAUUUGGCCCCCCAUCUAAAAUACAUGUUUAAUUAUGGUUGGGAAAUGAAUUACCUGGUUAUUGCCAAUAGACUUUUUACAACCUAUGGACAAGAUUUAUCUAGUAAAUGGCACAAUACAAUAGGCCUUGGUAUGUAUUCAAUGAACAUAUCUAUAUCAUAAUUAUUAUAAAUGCGAAUUUCUGUGCUAAUACAAUCCUGCAAAGGGGAUCAUUGACUAGUAAAGUUAAAGAAUUCAAAAUGUGAUUUAAUACCCUAUAAACAGUUUAUUAUAUAGAAACUUCUGUAUGUACGUUUGAAAUAAAUUUUAUUUUCUUACAAACCAG